AGCUCUUGCGAACAUUAAAAUGAACCUUAGGGUUCCAUAAAAUGUUGGGAAAUUCUUGAAUAGAGUAACUGAUGGCCCUGCGAGAUUGAUUCAGAUCCAUGGAUUUCGGUAGUUCGUUACAUUCGUCCAUGUUAGUCACUUAGUAAUCUUUGAUUGGGACCGACUAGCGAUGCUUACCUGUUGGCCUGUUGGUGUGUGCGGGUGUGUGCGUGCGCGUUUGACUGUGAUACAUCGAAAGGAAAAUGUAUCCAUCAACAAGUAACGAGAUUAACAGUAGUACUACUGAUGCAACUAAUAAUGUUAGGCAUACGACACAAGAUACUGCUAGUGGUAGUAGCAGGCAAAGAACCUCCAGGAGUUUGUAUGUUACACCAAAAUAUUCAUCAUGUAGCUCUUCCACCACUAAAGAUUCACCAGAAAAAUGUCUUCCGUCACCUUCCAUGGCAGGAAUUCAAGAUCUUAAGAGCUUAUACUGCUGCAAUAUUCCAGAGAGCAUGAUGGACCGGGAUCUUCUACAUAAUCACUUUCAACAGUUUGGCCAUGUCAUUCGAAUAUAUCUGAGUAUGAAACGAAACAGUUGUACUGUACACUUUGAUAGCCAUCAUGCUGCUGCACGUGCUAAGGUGAAAGGUGCUCAAGUGAAAGACUCAUUAUUAACUAUCUUCUGGAGCCAACCAGCAAAGAACAGGGGAAAGUUGAAGGACAGCAGCUCAGCUUGCAGUAUGGGUACCUCCUCAUCAGAUAUUUCAGCACAGUUGAAGAAAGUAUCUGAGGCGGUAAAUCAGCCACCCCACAAAUCAACAAACAAUAAUUUGACGAAGAAAAGUAUUUUCCGAGAAGGCCAUCCAAGACUCAGAAGCCACAGCAUGGAGAAAAGAGUCAGAACUGCAAAUAUUUCAGCAUUAGACAGAUUCAGAAUGGGAAUAAGACAUCACUUUCACUCUAGAAAGCGAAAGAGCUCUAAAACUUUGGAUGUAAGGAAGGAAAAAGGUACAAAAGAUGACAAAAAUAUGUUCUCUUAUCCUGUUGCUGGGAGAGCAUAUGAAAUUUCAGAUGAAGUCAAGGAUGAACUAGAUAUAAUGGCUUAUAAUGAUGACAGCAUGAGGAUCAGUGACAGUUCAGUAAUGCCAAAUAAUUCACUGGCAUCUAAAGUACCACGAAGGAGUUCUGCAGCUUUAACAAUGAACAGCAGUGAUAAUUCUGUAACUGAUGUUUCUUCAUCGUCUGAUUUACCCAUAAUUAAAGGAUAUGUCUCGAGGGAAAGGGGAGAGGGAAUUUCAUGUCCACUGACUCAUUCAGCUUCAGCAUCUUUUCCUCCAAAGAAGAACAAGAAAGCUGCUACUGCAUCCCACCAGCAGAAUGCUUUACAGGAACUUCUGCAAAUAUGGAACACAAAAUCUAAACAAGAGAACCAUUCUCCAGAGGAUAGGUUCCAGCUUUUGGAUUUACGUGAUAAAAUAUUGAGGCUGA